AUGUACCCGUGGCUUGACGAGAGGUGGCCGGAGCAGCUCGCAAGUGGCGGCUGCGGUCGGGUCUCGCUGGAGAGGAAGAAGACGACGGAGUGGGGCGGUUCCAGGGGCUGCAACGCGUCCAGGCGGCACCAGUGGACCUCCAAGGAGUCGCCUGAGCAGUUGCUCGAGCUCGAGGGGCACCGGAGCAAGGAGGAGGGGCAGCGGGGAUCGCUGGCAAUCGGUGAACGCGGUGACGGGUUGUGCAGUGCUCUGCCUGUGUUCCUCGUCGCCCCGCUUGCCGCUGGAAUUACCCUUGCAGAUUCGGAUCACGGCCUCAGCGCCGCGACGCCGAGCCAAAGCUCACUGCCGCCUUCCGCAACCCCAGCCAUGGACGACCCAGGCUUCGAGAUCGAGUGCGAGAUACCCGGCGUCGUGCGUGUGCACAAGAGCGGCCGCGUCGUGCGCUUGAACGGCACCGAGACCGUGCCGCCCUCCCCGUCCGGUGACCCAGCCAACGGCGUCGCCUCCAAGGACGUCGUCCUCGACCCCGCGGCAAACAUCUCUGCCCGCCUCUACCUCCCCGCCGCCACCGCGGCGGAGCCCGGGAAGAAGCUCCCUGUGGUCGUGUUCUUCCACGGCGGCGCGUUCAUGAUCUACACCGCUGCCUCCCCGCUCUACCACAAGUACGCCGCCUCCCUCGCCGCCGCGGUCCCCGCCGUCGUCGUCUCCGUUGACUACCGCCUCGCCCCGGAGCACCCUGUUCUGGCCGCCUACGAGGACGCCUUCGCGGCCCUCAAGGCCGUCGUCUCCUCGUGCCGGCUGGACGGCGCUGAGCCCUGGCUCGCGGGGCACGGCGACGCGUCCCGCGUCGUCCUCGCCGGCGACAGUGCCGGCGCCAACAUGGCGCACCGCACGGCGGUCAGGCUGCGGAAGGAACGCAUCGAGGGGUACGGCGACAAGGUCAGCGGCAUCGCGCUCCUGCACUCCUACUUCUGGGGAAAAGAGCCGGUCGGCGGGGAGCUCACGGACGCCGCCAUCCGCGGCGGCCUUGACCAGGUAUGGCAUGUCGCCUGUGGCGGUAAGCUCGGCCUCGACCACCCGUACAUCAACCCUGCGGCGUCGCCGGAGGAGUUGGGCCAGCUCGGGUGCGACCGUGUGCUGGUCGCCACGGCGGAACACUGCUGGUUCGUGGAGAGGUCUCGCGCCUACGCGGCGGGGCUCAAGGCGUGCGGGUGGGGCGGCGAGCUCCGGUUCUACGAGACCAAGGGCGACGGGCAUGUCUACUUCUUGCUCAAGCCCGACUGCGACAACGCCGCCAAGGAGCUCACCGUCGUGGCCGACUUCGUCAGGCGCUGUUGAGUCUGUUUUCUCUUGUUCGCCGGCGAAUGAUUCAGUAAUACAGGCUCAGGAGCAAAUAAUAUUGGGAGCGCCUAGAACUCAUCUAGCUGAGACAUAAGUAUAAGUAUGGUCUCAUUCACAUGACGUCAUCCCCUGUUGUUGCAGCCCGGUUGAGUCCCUCCCCCAUAGACUUCUUUCGUCCAUUGGGCAAAUUUUUAGUUUGGGCUGUUUUCUGUUGUUGUUUUCCGGUUUGGCCCAUCAGUGUUUGGUUGUUGCUUACCA